UGCCCUCUGAUGACGUAUUUCCGGUUUGAGGCACCCAUCCAAGCGGGGACCGAGAGCAGCCAGCGGGAGUGUCAGUGUUUAUUCCAAUAAAAUAUUAAUUUAAAAACAGCAGCAACCCAGGAAAACUUUCCCCCCUCUGUCUACUCAGGUCGUCAUGGCGUCCGGCAGCUCGAGCAGCGAGGAGGAGAGGAGCCUGCGGGAAUGUGAGCUCUACGUACAGAAGCACAACAUCCAGCAGCUCCUGAAGGACUGCAUUGUGCAGCUGUGCACGUCCAGGCCUGAGCGACCCAUGGCCUUCCUCCGGGACUACUUCGAGAGACUCGAGAAGGAGGAGGCCAAACAGAUGCUCAGUCAGCAGAAGUCUGGUUCUCGCUCAGAUUCCAGAGAAGAUGAGAUUUCUCCUCCCAUGAACCCGGUGGUUAAAGGCCGCCGUCGCCGUGGCGCCAUCAGUGCAGAGGUUUACACGGAGGAAGACGCCGCGUCCUACGUCAGAAAAGUUAUUCCGAAAGACUACAAGACAAUGGCUGCUCUCGCCAAAGCCAUCGAGAAGAACGUGCUGUUCUCCCACCUCGAUGACAAUGAGAGAAGUGAUAUAUUUGAUGCCAUGUUUCCUGUGAAUUAUAUCGCCGGAGAGACUGUCAUUCAGCAAGGUGACGAGGGCGAUAACUUCUACGUUAUUGAUCAGGGUGAAAUGGAUGUGUACGUGAACAACACCUGGGUGACGAGCAUCGGAGAAGGCGGCAGUUUCGGCGAGUUGGCUCUGAUUUACGGCACUCCGAGAGCCGCGACCGUGCGAGCCAAAACCAACGUCAAACUGUGGGGCAUCGACAGAGACAGCUACAGGAGAAUACUGAUGGGGAGCACGCUGAGGAAGAGGAAGAUGUACGAGGAGUUCCUGAGCAAGGUGUCCAUUUUGGAAUCUCUGGAUAAAUGGGAGAGGCUAACGGUGGCCGACGCCCUGGAGACGGUGCAGUUCGAGGACGGGCAGAAGAUCGUCGUCCAGGGUCAACCAGGGGACGAGUUCUUCAUCAUCCUCGAGGGAACAGCAGCGGUGCUUCAGAGACGCUCCGAGAAUGAAGAGUUUGUGGAAGUCGGCCGUCUCGGAUCCUCCGAUUAUUUUGGCGAGAUCGCGCUGCUGAUGAAUCGUCCUCGCGCAGCCACCGUGGUCGCACGCAGCCCCCUGAAGUGUGUGAAACUCGAUCGUCCUCGGUUCGAGCGCGUGCUCGGGCCCUGCUCCGACAUCCUCAAGAGGAACAUCCAGCAGUACAACAGCUUCGUCUCUCUCUCCGUUUGAAUCCCUCUCUUCCCUUUUCUUUCUUUCUUUCCUUCUCUCCUCUAUCUCCUGUUUAUCGCAGGGUCCAGCUACGCUUUAUUUUCUUACCUCUCCUGUGUACGUUCAUGCUCGCCGUGCGUGUGUGUGUGUGUGUGUGUGUGUGUGUGUUGUAGGUUUAACCUCAUAUUCUUGAACUGAUCCACCGAUACAAAAUGUCACCCAGAGACACGUCUUUCUUUUUUUUUUUUUUUUUUUACCAGAUAUUCUAUUCGCGAUUUCUUUAAUUUAUUGUAUUUUUUCAGGACGUGACGAGUCUCAAAGUUCAUCCAGUCGUUUAUUUUAAAUUCUUCUUCUCUUUGCUCAAACUGUUACACCAUCAUCACUUUAACGAGUCAUUUUCAUUCUUCCUGCACAUUUUUCCUUCAUCGUUUUCUACAUGCUGGUGGGAAAGUGUGUGUGAGUGUGCGUGUGUGUGUGUGUGUGAGAGAAAGUGGAACAGGAAGUCCAAUAAAAAAAAGAAGUCUCUUCCAUAGAGAUGAAUCUGUUAACUGGUUUAUAGGUACAUUAGAUUUAUUAUAUUUAAUUUACUGUCACUCAACCCCUGGGGUCAACAUCCGGGGGCGUGUUCCUGCCUCAAACCCGGUGAGUCCAGGAUCUUCUGCGAAACGACUACGAUCCUGAACAGAAUAUUUUUUUUUCUUUUAUUCCCAGCCCGCUUUCUCUAACAAAAGAAUUUCAACUAAUCCACGAAAACAAAUAUAAAAAAACAACAAGAUCACAGAGGAAUCGCAGAUCUCUCUCUCUCUCUCUCUCUCUCUCUCUCUCUCUCUCUCUCUUUGAAAAUAAAUAAUAAUAAAUCGAGCGCGGCAAAUUCCCGAGACGAGGCUGUGAACUGUGCGUUCUCGCGUUUGUGCCCUUUAACAGUGUUUACAAUUAGUUUUUGGACUGUAGAGACGCCAAAGGCACGUGUGUGUGUGUGUGUGUGUGUGUGUGUGUGUGUGUGUGUGUGUGUGUGUGUUGUAUGUACUGUAGCGAUCCGCUUUGCUCCUUAUCGUUCUUUAUUGCACAUAUAGCAGAAGUAAACAAUAGUAAAUCACCAUAACUGUAUUUUUUGCACACUUUGGUAUAUAUUAAAAAUGGAAAAAUA